AUGUCUCUGACAUGUGUUAAUAUGUCCGAGGAUGUCUGGUUGACUUGUCUCACUCAUGCAUUGUCCACCGAGACCGAAGAAAUCAUGGGUCUUCUUCUCGGCGACAUCGAGUACUCGAAAAACGGAAGUGCCACAGCUCUUAUAUGGGGAGCAUCGCCUCAGUCACGGUCUGAUCGGCAAAAGGAUCGAGUUGAAACCAAUCCUGAACAAUUGGCUGCUGCUUCAGCUCAGGCUGAUAUAUCCUUGAAAAGAUUUUCUACUUUUCGUUUUCUGUGUCACAGAUUGAUCAUAUAA